CAAGAAUGUGUUAUAUAAAAAUCAUUUGAACAAGCAAAGCCCGCUUAUUGGUAAUAAAACGAAAGUGUGUUGUUGGGUGUCUUCUCCUUAACUAACUAAGAUGGUCGACUGAUUAACUUUUGCCAUCAUAAAACAUUUUUCAUUCUUUUUGCUCAUUAUUCACUAGAAUCUCUGGCUAAAUAAAUUUGAUUAGGAUUUUAGAUUUUGGUGGUUUUUGAAUUUUUGAAUUGAAUGAAAUAAACUAUGGUUGGACCUGAUUGCAGCGAAUGUAAAUCACCAUCCACAUUAUGCAUUUUACAUUUUAAUGAUUGUUAUAAUGUUGAACCUUGUGAUCAAGAACCUGUUGGUGGUGCUGCGCGUUUUGCUCAUGCAUUACAUCAAUUUGAUCAUCUGGAUCCAUUAACUUUGUUCAGUGGCGAUAUCAUCUCUCCAAGUAUUAUGAGCUCAUUCACCAAAGGUGAACAAAUGUUACCCGUUUUGGAACGUUGUAAUGUUGAUUGUGCCUUAUUUGGCAAUCAUGAAUUCGAUUUUGGUCUUGAAUGUCUGUUAUCGUUUGUGAAACGAACAAAUUUUCCAUGGUUAAUGAGCAAUGUCAUUGAUAAAAAUACUGGCCAACCACUUGGUGGCGGAAAAAUUUCCUGCAUUAUUGAAAAAGGAAAUCUCAAAAUUGGGCUGAUAGGGUUGAUCGAAGAAGAAUGGUUAUCAACACUCGUACUGGACGAAGAUGAUAUUGAAUAUUCGGAUUUCGUUAUCGAAGGACGUCGAUUAGCACGAUAUCUUAAGGAAGAGGAUGGUGUUGAUAUUGUGAUAGCAUUGACACAUAUGCGAACAUAUAAUGAUAUACGUUUGGCCGAACAAGUUGAUGAGAUCGAUUUGUUUCUUGGUGGACAUGAUCAUGUUUAUGAAAUUCGUAAAAUCAAUCAAAAGCUAGUGAUCAAAAGUGGAUCGGAUUUUCGACAAUUCAGUAAAAUCGUUCUAUGUUAUGAUCACGAAAAGAAAAAAAUUGUCGACAUUCAAGUCGAUGAAAUGAAUAUCACAUCGGAUAUUGAUGAGGAUGCUGAAUUGGUUGUUGAAUUGGAUAAAUUCAAAACUGUAUUGGAAGAAAAAAUGGAAGACACUAUUGCCAUAAUUGACUGUGAUCUUGAUGGCCGAUUUGCCAGCGUACGAACCAAAGAAACCAAUCUAGGAAAUCUUAUUACCGACGUUAUGCUUUAUGCUGUGCCUGAUGCUGAUUUUGCAUUAAUCAAUUCCGGAACAUUACGUAGUGAUCGAAUUCAUCCAAAAGGUGCAUUAAAAAUGCGCGAUUUGGUCAAUAUCUUACCCUACAUGGAAUCAUUAUUAGUCAUUUACAUUGAUGGUGGACAAAUAUACCGGGCAUUAGAGAAUGGUGUUUCUCAAUUUCCAAAAUUCGAGGGACGUUUUCCUCAGGUUUCCGGUAUUAGUUUUCGAUUUGAUUCGAAAAAACCGGCUGGGUCUCGUGUCGAUAUGGAAAGCAUACGAAUACAAAAUGAACCAUUGAUUGAAAGUAAAUCCUAUAAAAUGAUAACCAAAGAAUUUAUUGUACAAGGUAAAGAUGGCUAUGAAGUUCUGAAAGAGUGUUCUAUCUAUAAAAAUACAGAAGAAUGUUUAACACUGUUACAAGCUUUCACAGAAUAUUUGCAAGCAUAUAAAUUAUUAAUGCCAAGUGCAACCAAUACAAAACCACCAUCUAUUCGUCGAAAUUCGCUGAAAUUGAUUUCAACAAAUAUAAAUCACCAUCAUCAUCAUGAUGUUUGCCAUUUAAAUCCUCAGGUGGAAGACAGGAUUAUAAUUAUUUAAAAUGUAUUCAAUGUUGGUUUUUAUUGAUUUUAUUUUUGUUUUUUGUAACAAGUUUUAUAAUAACCCAGAUCACAAUGAAUUGACUUUGUUGGAAA